AUGGGAACACGGGGUACCCCUCAGGGAGCGGUGUUAUCACCGCUCCUGUUCAACAUAGCUAUGAUGCGCCUCCCAAGCCAAUUGGCCCGGGUGGAAGGCAUUCAACACGCGGUAUAUGCAGAUUAUAUUACAAUCUGGACCACCGAGGGGAGCCUUGGGGAAAUAGAGGACCGCCUUCAGCGGGCCGCUUCCAUAGCCGAGGCGUAUGCCAUCGACUGUGGGCUAAAAUGUGCUCCAGCCAAAUCAGAGCUUCUGCAUGUCAGAGUGAACCCAAAGGAUAAGUCAGCAAUACACAUCGCUCUGUCGGGAGGUCCUAUCAGAGAGGUGAAUGAGCUCCGGAUUCUAGGCCUGUUCAUUCACCACAGACUCCGACCGGACUCAACUAUUGCGAAACUCAAGAGAGUAGGCGAAGAGGUAGGGCGCAUGGUCCAGCGUGUUUCCAACAAGCGGGGCGGUCUGCGAGGCAGGGACGCGCUUCGGCUAGCCCAUGCCUUCGUGACUAGCCGGAUCCUCUACGCCGUGCCAUACCUUCGCACUACUAAGCAAGAAGACGAGCGAAUAGACGCCAUCAUCCGCAAAGCAACUAAGCGAGCCCUGGAUCUCCCGGUGACUACCUCUAACGCAAAACUCAAGGCGCUGCGGGUGCUCAACUCCUACCAGGAGUUGCGGGAGGCCCACCUCGUGAACCAAUACACGCGGCUCAUGCAGACAGCCCCCGGGCGCCGCCUGCUCAACCGCUUACACAUCCAACACGCUUGCACUCCAAAGGAGGCGGAGCGUAUUCCAGAACUGUGGCGCCAUAUGCUCUGGGUCUCUCCGCUCCCUCGUAACAUGGACACCGACACGCACGAAAGCAGACGACAAGCGCGGGCUCGGGCGCUUGAGAGAUAA